AUGUCUGCCCGCCCGCUCCCGCCCUUCCUGCCGGACAGCGUCGAGUCAUUCCGUGACCAUGCCCCGGAACACCUAGACGAUUGGUUCGAAUACUUCCGGAACGUUUAUACCUACGCCGAGAACGCCCAGAACCGUAUAUCCCAGCUGGAGAAUGAGACCCAGAACAUGAAGGAUAAACAUCAAGGACUCGAACAAUCCCUGCAACAAAUCACCACUGAGCGUAACUUUGCCCGAGCCCAGCUCGAGUACACUGAGCAACAACACGAGAAGGCCCUAAAGAGGAAGGACGACGACAUCUUCGAGGCCCGCCUCGCCGAACGUCGCGCCCUCGAUGCCACCCGACCUACCGUACCUACUAUCCGUGAACCCCCCGAGACUAGCGCUCCCGCUGAGCUUCGUGUAGCGACUCCUAUGGGAACGACUCCUCCGCCUUCUUCCCGAUCUACCGAAUCAACCAGUCUUACCGAACGAUUACCCGACCCUGACAACGGAGCCACAGCCUGCGUCACGAAAGACGAAUAUGCCGCUGAAGGAGUACCCCCAGACACUCCGAAAGAAGUCCCCAUCGCCUCGUAG